AUGUCGUGGAGAGAUUUGCCGAGACUAAGACUCUGGUUGAAGACAGAGGCAAUCCCAGGAGAGGGGCGGAAAGCUGCAAAAGUUAAUGCGGGAGUCGGAGAGAAGGGCAUCUACACAGCAAGCAGCAGGGGCGGCCCGCCAUCUGCGCGCUCGAAGGCGGUCGCGGUGGUCGCGCAAGGGGCGGCGUCCAGAUCCCGACUUUCCAUGGAUGCGCCCGAGCUGGGCCCGGGGCUGGUGGAGCGUCUGGAGCAGCUGGCGACGUGUCCUCUGUGCGGGGGCUCCUUCGAGGACCCGGUGCUUCUGGCGUGCGAGCACAGCUUCUGCCGCGCGUGUCUGGCCCGCCGCUGGGGGACCCCGCCAGCGACCGACACCGAGGCUUCCCCCACCGCCUGCCCCUGCUGCGGCCUGCCGUGUCCCCGCCGCAGCCUGAGGUCUAAUGUGCGGCUGGCAGUGGAGGUGCGAAUCAGCCGUGAGCUGCGAGAGAAGCUGGCUGAGCCUGGGGCCCGUGCGGGGAGACGCCGAGGGGGGCGCAUCCCCACCAUGGGCUGCCUGGACCCGCCCGGAGAGGAUAUGAGGAAGACAUGGAGACGAUUUGAAGUCCCAACACCUAAGUCAUCUAAAUCAGAGGAUGAUCUCCCUGAAGAUUAUCCAGUGGUCAAAAACAUGCUUCAUAGACUGACAGCCGACCUGACCCUGGACCCUGGGACUGCACACCGCCGCCUGCUCAUCUCCGCCGACCGCCGCAGCGUUCAACUGGCCCCACCAGGGACGCCCGCGCCCCCUGACGGCCCCAAGCGCUUCGAUCAGCUCCCGGCUGUGCUGGGCGCGCAGGGCUUCGGGGCCGGCCGCCACUGCUGGGAGGUGGAGACUGCGGACGCUGCCUCCUGCAGAGACUCUUCUGGGGAGGAUGAGGACGACGAGGAGAGCCACUAUGCAGUGGGCGCGGCCGGGGAAUCCGUGCAACGCAAGGGCUGCGUGAGGCUGUGCCCUGCGGGGGCCGUGUGGGCCGUGGAGGGCCGCGGCGGCCGCCUGUGGGCCCUCACGGCACCCGAGCCCACCCUGCUGGGCGGAGCCGAGCCCCCGCCGCGGCGUAUUCGCGUGGACCUGGACUGGGAGCGGGGCCGCGUAGCCUUCUACGACGGCCGCUCACUGGACCUGCUUUAUGCCUUCCAGGCGUCUGUCCCCCUGGGGGAGCGCAUCUUCCCGCUGUUCUGCACCUGCGACCCUCGUGCUCCGCUCCGCAUUGUACCAGCGGAAAGCUGA